AAAAUCCAGAUUCUCCCGGUUUCCAGCAUUCUGCUGCUCGUUUGUAACCUGCAAGGGUACGCCAGUCUGUGCAGUCUUAUCACCCUUGGACGACGACGGUGCGAAAAAGGCGAAAGCGAAGUGACACUCGAAGAGUGCUGCCUUCAUUCAGAAGGACUGUAUGCGAUUUGGCUGCCGGAAAGCAUGGCAGUUCUGCAAGAGCGCGAGGAUACAGGUCACUUGAAAAUCAUGAAACAGGCAUUCGGCAAUCGAUUCUUCAUGAUGAUAUGCCGUCACAAGGAAGCAAAAGAUCCCAUCCUCGAAAAUCGCAUAAGAAACCAUGCAAAACGUUAUGGAAUUCGUACUGUCGCCGGGCAGGAAAUUCUGUAUCACUGUACGAGCCAUCGUCCGGUUCAGGAUGUGCUAAGCUGCAUCCGGCACCGUCGAUCCCUAUCAAACUGCGAAAACCUGCUGAAGCCGAACGCACUUCAUGAACUGAUCGGAGCAGAUGAAUUUCUGAACAUUUUCGACGAUGACCCAGCUUCGGUCCAAGCGACUGUCGAAAUUGCUCGGAACUGCAGUUUUCGACUGGAGGAUGUGCGUUACAUCUACCCCGAAGAGAUCCAUUCAGAUCGAAUCUCGGUCGUGGAAUACCUGCGAGAACUUACGCACCGUGGUGCGUUGCAGCGAUAUUCCGGCCGACCGCCGGAAGCGAUCAGCAAACAGAUUGAACGGGAACUUCAGCUGAUCGAAGAAUUGGAGUAUGCCAGCCACUUUUUGACUAUGCAUCGAAUCGUUGAGUGGUGCAAACAGCAGGACAUCAUGUGUCAGGGGCGUGGGUCGGCUGCGAAUUCCGCAGUGUGCUUCUGCCUCGGAAUCACUCAGAUUGAUCCGAUUGACAUGGAUCUGCUGUUCGAGAGGUUUUUGUCCCGCGAACGCGAUGCGCCCCCGGAUAUUGAUCUGGAUAUUGAACACGAGCGACGCGAAGAAGUGAUCCAACAUGUCUACGAUGCAUAUGGCCGGGAUCGAGCCGCCAUGGUAGCAGUCGUAAUCCGCUAUCGAAUUCGCUCCGCAAUUCGCGAUGUCGGAACGGUUCUGGAUAUUCCCGCAUCCGAACUGCAACGGCUCUCGAAACAGCUCAACUCGUACGGUUCAAUCGCCCCGGACGAUUUUGUCCGGGCCGGCCUGGACCCGUCGCUGCGUACUCAUUGUCUGCUGGCCGAACUGUCCAAUGCCAUUAUCGACUUUCCCCGACAUCUGUCUAUUCACCCGGGAGGGUUCGUUUUCACCACCGGUCCUAUCCAUGAAGUGAUACCGGUAGAAAAUGCCACCAUGCCGAACCGUACCGUCAUUCAGUGGGAAAAGGACGACAUUGAAGCCAUGAAAAUAUUCAAAGUCGAUCUCCUGGGACUCGGCGCACUCACUCAGCUGCACCGAUGCUUCGAGUUGAUUUCGCAGCAUCGCGGUAUUGAUUUAACUAUGAACUCAAUUCCCACUGACGACGAACAGGUGUUCGCAAUGCUGCAAAAAGCGGAUACCACCGGCGUUUUUCAGAUUGAGAGUCGAGCGCAGAUGAGCAUGCUCCCCAGAUUGAAACCAGAACAAUGGUACGAUCUGGUGGUACAAAUUGCCAUCGUGCGGCCAGGACCGAUUUCGGGUGGAAUGGUGCACCCCUAUCUUCGCAGACGUGCCGGUGAAGAAGCAGUCGAAUACCCGCAUCCAUGUCUAGCUUCGGUACUGGGAAAAACACUCGGCAUUCCGAUUUUUCAGGAGCAGGUAAUCAAACUGGCAAUGACUGUUGCUGAUUAUCAGCCCGGAGAGGCCGAUCAAUUGCGACGCGAUAUGGCGGCAUGGCGUAGGGUCGAUCGGCUGGAAAGACAUCGUGAAAAACUGGUUUCACGCAUGGUGGCGAAAGGAAUCAAACAAAAGUUUGCCGAACAGGUGUUUGACCAGAUACGCGGAUUUGGAGAAUAUGGCUUCCCCGAAUCCCACUCUGCCAGCUUUGCACUGAUUGCCUAUGCUGCUUCCUAUCUCAAGUGCCACUAUCCAGCAGAAUUCGCAUGCUCGCUUCUCAAUUCCCAACCGAUGGGGUUCUACUCGCCGUCUACGAUUGUUGAAGACACCCGAAGACAUGGAGUACGGAUUCUUCCGAUAGACGUGCAUUUCAGUCGACGAGACUGCACUGUCGAACCCUGUCGCGAAAGCACCGGAGGCUAUGCAUUGCGUAUCGGUCUUCGCUAUGUCAAGGGCAUCAACAACAAAGAGGCCAAAUCGCUUGAAUCGACGCAAAUCGCCGUUCAAUCGAUCGAAGAGCUAAUGCACGAAACUGGAAUAUCGAAAGCAACAGUCAAAAAGCUGGCGGAAGCUGGCGCACUUCGGGGGUUGGCCGCCAAUCGCAGAACCGCACUGUGGAUGGCGCAUGGCAUCCGUACACGGAAAGAGAUUCUUCCAACCCUUGAAAAUUCCACGGAAUUUCGUUCUCUAAGCCUGGAAGAGUCAACUGCAUGGGACUAUCGAAGCACAGGAGUCAGCAGCAACGGACACAUGCUGCAGCAUUAUCGAGAACAGUUGCGUGCACAAGGGCUGCCAGACGCAAAAACGGUCAACAACAUGCCAGAUGGACGUCGUGUACGUUUUGUGGGUGCUGUCAUCUGCAGACAGCGCCCGGCUAAUGCAUCCAGCGUGGUUUUCAUGACGCUUGAAGAUGAAACCGGCUUUGUAAACACGGUGUUCUGGCCGCGAUGUUUCGAACGCUAUUCGACAUUGGCCAAAACACUCUCGCUGCUGGGCGUCGAAGGCACUCUUCAGGUUGCAAGCAAUGUCGUUCACCUGAUUGUUGAUCAUGUCUGGAAACCAACUGAUUUCUCCUUGUGGAAAGAUUUUCGAUCCCGAAACUUUCACUGA